CCUUCCUGCCUUCCCCUGCCCUGGCUCCUGCCCGCCGGCCGGCCGGGGACCGCAGCCACGUCUGAAAGCGCCUCAUUGGCAGCGCCGGGCAGAGGGACACCGGCGGCCGCGCGGGCAGCGCAGGACACCGGGCACUGUGCCCGGCGCCGGAGCGGGUCCCUGCGCCCGAGUCCUCGCUUGUUAUAACCCAAGACAGCGUCAUCCCCAAGAUGCCCUUCUGAGACUCCUGCCCUGUUUCCAGAUUCACUCCGCCUGGGUCUCCGGGAGCUUCCAAACGCUUGGGACUCCCCGACUCCUGUCCACGCCUCUUGGAGCCCCCCGCUCGCUGUCACCGGGUGCCCUUCAGUAGUUUGAGGACCCUAAGGAGCAAAUCAGCCCCUGCAGAUUCUUCCCCGCGAAGAGAAAGAGCUGGCUGUGUGUGGAACUUGGAAGAGACGACGUCUGGGAGGCUUUGGGAGCCAGAGAGUGGUGUCUCCCUGCCUGUCGCGCCAGAUCGGCGGAGACGCCAGGCUUUGCGGUGAGCCCACCAUCCAUCAAGGAGCGAGGAUCACAACGUCGAUGGUGGCUACUCUCCCUGAAUCCCAGGUUUUCUGGGCUGGACUUAACCAUCCAGGAAGCAUCGCUGUCAUCAGAGGGGACAGUGGGGUUUGGCAUACUCCACUCCUCCUGACACCACCUCUGGAUGAAGGGAAGCGUUAGAGCCUGGCUUCUUUCAGUAGUGACAUGGUCAGCGGAGGGGGAGCAACUGUUGCAAAAGCAAGGAAGAAACCUCCAGGCACUGCCCUUCCAAAGUCCCCCUGCCUUGAGAUCACUGCAGAUGCAGCAGGCACUGAACAGGCAAUUCCAGUGGAUUUGUAAUAAGCGUGUGUGGCUCUCCCAAGGAGCCCUGGACAGGGUUCCCGCCCAGCAGCAUGCGGCUGCCGCGCAUGUCCAGCUCAGCGGUGACCGCACUCCUGCUGGCACAGACCUGCCUCCUGCUCUUCCUGGUCUCGCGGUCAGGACCAUCAUCCCCGGAGAGCAGCCAGGAGCGCGUGCAUGUGCUGGUCCUGUCCUCGUGGCGCUCGGGCUCGUCCUUCGUGGGCCAGCUCUUCAGCCAGCACCCCGAUGUCUUCUAUCUGAUGGAGCCCGCGUGGCACGUCUGGGUCGCCCUGUCGCAGGGCAGCGCUUCAGCGCUACACAUGGCUGUGCGCGACCUGAUCCGCUCCGUCUUCCUAUGCGACAUGGACGUGUUUGAUGCCUACCUGCCAGGGCGCAGCAAACUGUCAGACCUCUUCCAGUGGGCGGAGAGCCGCGCGCUGUGCUCGCCGCCCGCCUGCAGCGCCUUCCCCCGCGGCGCCAUCAGCAGCGAGGCGGUGUGCAAGCCGCUGUGCGCGCGGCGGCCCUUCCGGCUGGCGCAGGAGGCCUGCCGCUCCUACAGCCACGUGGUGCUCAAAGAGGUGCGCUUCUUCAACCUGCGGGUGCUCUACCCGCUGCUGCGCGACCCCGCGCUCAACCUGCGCAUUGUGCACCUGGUGCGCGACCCGCGGGCGGUGCUGAGCUCCCGCCAGCAAGCGGUCUGGGAACUGGCACGCGACAACGGCAUCGUGCUGGGCACCAACGGCAAGUGGGUGAAGACAGACCCCGGGCUGCGCGUGGUGCAGGAGGUGUGUCGCAGCCACGUGCGCAUCGCCGAGGCCGCCAAGCUCAAGCCGCCGCCUUUUCUGCAGGGCCGCUACCUCCUGGUGCGCUUUGAGGACCUGGCGCGGGAUCCUCUGGCCCAGAUCCGUGAGCUCUACGCCUUCACCGGCCUGAGCCUCACGCCGCAGCUCGAGGCCUGGAUCUACAACAUCACGCAUGGGGCGGGGGUUGGCUCGCCUCUGGAAGCCUUCCAGACAACGUCCAGGAGUGCUGUCAAUGUCUCCCAGGCCUGGCGCCACAAGCUGCCUUUCGCCAAGAUACGUCAAGUGCAGGAGCUGUGCGCAGGGGCGCUGCAGCUGCUGGGCUACAGGCCUGUGUCCUCCGAGAACGAGCAGCGCGACCUCACCCAGGAUCUGCUGCUGCCUCAAGGGCCAAGGAGCUUCAGUUGGUCGUAGUCCACCGCGUACUUUGGCGGAGACCCCCCCACUUGUGGCGACCCCGGCGCCAUACACCCAGGAGUGCGGGGUUCUCCCCUGAAGUAGAAAGGACUGAGUUCCCAAACUCGGCUUCUUUAUCCACUCAUUCUUGUUUUUCCCCUGAGCCCCCUUUAGCCGAGUUUUUAAUCACACACUCCAUGGAAGGUAGCACUCAUCCCCAUUAUCUCUGGACACAGGGAGUACAUUCUGCUAAAUGAAACUAAAUUUGCCCUAAGAAUGCCUCCUACGUUGUGAACUGUAUCCUUUUUAUAAUAUGUAAACAAACUUCAACUGCACCUGAGUUUACUUUCGUCCAACAGGAAAGGAGUCUGCGCCUGUGGUAGCUGCCACCUUUCAGCCAAUCACAGGCUGCAAAUUGGCUGUGUGCAAAUAAGACAGCCGCUGAGCUUUAACCAAUCAGAUUAUUUGUUAUGUCCUCACUGUCUGUAUUACUGCUUGUACACACUGCUGGGUGAAGCGCUCUGAUACCUCUCUGAUAGCUCUUGAAAGCUAUCACCUCUUCAAAUGAGGCCAUUUUACAGCCAUCUGUGUCCUUAAUCACCAUCUUGCCCUGAACAAAGACUAAGACCAGAUGGAUUCAAACCACUGUGGAACUAUAUUGCUUGAAAUUUGAAUUGUUUGAUUAAAUCAGUUCAGACGGCCGGUACUCCCAUUGAGGUGUACACUUCGGUUUCUUGUUAUUAUCCUCCUGAUAACCAGCAAAAUAGUCACCCUGAUAUGUUGUGUCCCCUCAAAAGAGUCUUAAAAGCUCUGAUACAACCAUCCUUUAUAGAUCAAAUGUUUGUUUUAGGGUCAGAAUGAUGAAAACAUGCAGAAAGUAUAAAGAAUCAUACAGUUAAGCUGAAAACAUGAAUUGUGAAUUUCAUAACCCCAAACAAGUCCAUUAUGAUGAUAGCUACAUAAAGUGUUCUCAGUGCCCAAGGUUUUAGUCAACUGACCAAGAGAGAGAAAUCAUUCAAUUAAGUUUUGCUUGAAGCUACCUCCAUGCUUAGUACACUAGCUAUUAGUUACAACCUAACUUAGUAUUUAAACAAACUACAACCUAACUAACAUUAUUUUCUUGUAACAAAUGGCUCAGUUUCAACCAAUCAUAGCAGCUAAGCUUCAGCCAAUCACAGGCUGGUAUCUGAUUAAACUAUGUUCAUAUACAGUAAAUCUGAGGCUGAGCUGUACCCAGGCAAAAACUGUUUCUGUAGGUCCCUUCUUUCUCUGUAUGUAUGUGCGGCCUUCCCACAUUGUUGUUGGAGCCCUCUGAACCUUUACUAGUUCAAGAUGCUGCCCAACUCAUGAAUUGUUUCUAUGCUCAAAUUCUGUGAAAUUGCAUGUUUCUCUUUCUUUCCCCUUAACCCUUUCUUCCCUUAUGAUUUCUCCUACAGCAGAUGAGACAGGAUGCCUCUUGUCUUGUGGUCUCCACUAACCUCUGUAUACCACACCUCCCUAAGACCACACACCCCUAUAACCCUGCCUAGUAAGGUGAGCCUCUGAUUCAUCCCAUCAAGAAAGAUCCUACCUACAAAAAUGAACAUAAUAAUUGGCUUAUAUGAUACAAUUAGAGCUUACAGCCUGCAAAAUUUGAAAAUCAAACACAAAAGUGAAGGGACUUAUCCAAGGUCACACAGUGAGAAGGCAGAAGUUGGGAGAAGAGGGAUUUUUCCCUUUUAUUCCAC